AGUACCGCGUCGAACAUCGAAGAAACAACACAAGCCGAACCACAGUAACUAACUAGUCUAUACCCCACCGUGACUAAAAACCAAAAAACUAAAAACAACAAAUUAAAAAAAAAUCUUGUCUCUGGUUAAUGCAAACGACUAAUUAAAAAUCAUAUUUAAAAUUUAGAACACGCUGUAGCACGCUUUUUUAAUAUUAUUUGUUUUUUUAAUUUACAUUGUCUAUGAGAUGAAACAAACUUCGAUGUUUAGCAUUUCGUAGUGUGUGUGUUUCUAUGUGUGUGGGUGUCAGUUUGUUUUGUCUCUGGUCAUAAAGUUACUUAAAUUAGCAAUAUCACAUUUUACUGCAACUUUUGCUACAAAAAAAAAAAGAAAUUGUCUAUAGCCAAAAUUGGCUGUAGACUCUAAAAUAUCUAGUGAGCUGUCAAAGAAUAGUAAACAGGCGCGUAUAUAGAGUUCUACUAUGCAUGUCUUUUGGCGAGUCGAGAUGUGGUGCAGACAGCAAGCAGCGGCAGCCAUCUUGCCAUUAUUACUCGCUGGUUGGCUGACGGGCGAAUCCUCCGAGGCACUGACUACAUUUGGAAAAAGUAACACAGACGCGCCGAAAAAUGUUCAACCUACCCCGCCACCAGCUCGUGCGUGCAACCGACAAGCGGAGUGUCUAGGUGUGAGCACCGCAUCGUGCGUCCGGACGCACUUCGACCCUGUCACGCGCUGCCUCUGCGGUGACAAUUCCCCGCCGCUCAACGGACGCUGCGAGCCCGUGUCCAAGUCCCUGUACCACGCGUGCUCGAACAGCGAUGAGUGCAACGACGGACUGAUCUGCUUCACGCCCAACAUCACCGGCGUCAGUCCUCUACAUCUGCGAGUUCAUGCGCCCACGGACAAGAUCUGCCAGUGCGACACCGAGAAUGGAUAUCGAGAGAAGGAGUUCGCGUGUAGUGAUGCCGAGAUCAUUCAAAUAUCGCUUCUCGCCGUGGCCCUUGUUACUUGCCUAAGGAAGAUCCUCGUCAAUUAAAUAGAAGAAACAUAUUGCACUAUUCAGUUUUUUUAAUCAAUAACUUAUUCGGAAAUAUCUACUUUUUUUGCAGGCAGGGCAGGCAAAGAUCUUGGACCAUACAGCCUAUUCAAUCCACAGAAAUAAGAUAAAUAAGUUUCAAUCUAUUAUAAUAUAUCAUUAUGUAGGUAUAUAAAAAUUAUUAAACAAAAUAUUUUUGUUUUGUUUUAUUGAUCCUUGUCGUUUCAGCAAUGAAAAUCUUUUGUUAUAUUUACAUGAAAGUGUAGAUUUUUUGCUUUUAUCAAGCCAUUUGUAGAGACGGUCCAAAGAUAUUUCCGAAUAGAUUUUGCACACUCGUAGAUUAAGGUAUUUUAUAAGUAUUACCAAAAAUUAUAAAUGUAAUAGUUUAUUAUUAUAGAGUUUAUAGAUAAUUUUAAUGAAUGUUAGUCACUUUUAUGACAUAGUAUUUUAGAUUUUCGCUAACUAUAAUAUAAUCUUUACCGACACCUAGAUGUUGGUAUUUUAAAUUCACUCAAUUAAAAUUUUCAACCAUAGAUACUCUAGGUUAAAUUCGGUUUUAGGGAAACAAUGUGUUGCCAUGACGUAAAAUUAUUUAACUUAUGAAUUUUUUUGAUUGUUGCUAUCGCAACAAUAGUAAUGGAAGUUCCUGGCGCAAUAGCUUUGAUUUAAAUUGAAAUUAAUUAGUGGGAUUAGUAAAAAUGUAAUUAAUAUAUUCAUAAUUGGCUCGGGUCAAAUGAUGAUAGACUUUUGCAAUUACCAAUACCGAAGAUCCAAUAAUUAGAAACAGAUCUAAAAGUAAAAAAAUGUCAUAAUCAAUGACAUUUUGAUUGUUCGUUUAAAUUGUAAAGCUUAGUAUUCCAUUUAUUUGUUUUUUUUACAAUUUUCAUUGUUUCUCUGAUCCACAUGUAUGUUUGAGCUCUAAACUAAUUAUCACUAGAUUAACAUCUAGAUACAAUAAUAAUUAUUAAUUAAUUAUAUGGCUACCAUUUUUACACUCGAAAUUUUUUGAUUGUUGCACCAGAAAUGUGUACAUACAUAUUUGCAAUUUCGCUAUUUUUAUAAACAGGCAAUACUAAGAAAAAACAUACAAUUCUAAUUAUUUAUUGUUUCUCUUUCAAUGUAAAUCAUUUAUAAAAAAUAUUACACUUUAUCACUAUUCAAUACUAAAUUCAAUUAAAAUCAAGUUAAAUAUUUAACAAGCUUACUUUUAGAGGUGUAGCUCUGACGAUUAUUCAACAAUCACUCAAAGUUGAAAUAAAUUGGUCACCAACCAUAUUGGCCAUUUAGCUAUGCCCAGGAAGAAAGUAUUGCAUUUUAUAUUAAAAUAUAAAUGUAAAUAGUUUAUAAUGCACCUAAAAUUACUAAUUAAAAAAAACUAUUGUGAAAUUUUAUAGAUUUAGAAGUAAUAAUAGUUUUGGCAUAAUAGGUAAUGUUACAAAUGUAAAGUAACUAACACACACUUAGUUCAAGCGUGCUAAUUUCACUUCAUUUCGUACUUUAAACAUAGACUAAUAAAAUAUUCAGACGGUAUCUCACUGUCAUACAACUAAAGCACCAUAAUGACGCCGAGUAUCUAUGUACUGAAAUUAACGGCGGCCUAUCUUUUUAGGCGCAUCUUUAUUCGUCUGGCAAAAUUGGAUACGAACUGGCAAAAUUUGCCUGCGUCAUUUUUUUGUUCAGGAGACGAUGUCUGGAUAUUUUAUUACGUCUAUGGCUUUAAAUAUAAGUGAAGUUACUCGUUAGGAAUCAUCGUGUUUUGUUGUUUAACAUGCACAAUACGUUAGUAAAUGCGAUUGAUACGUAAUUAUAAAAGGUAAGAGCAAUUAUUUUAAUAAUAAUUUGAGUCAUAAAAGUAUAAUAACAUGCAAACUUUAUAACGUUUUGGAGCAUCGUUAAGCUGUGUAAAGCAGGAUUUUAGGUAACAGCGGUGUCGUAGGGGCGAGCAGAGCAGAGCAUUACACGCACGCCCCUGAGGAGCGACAUCACGUCCUGCGUAGCUGAUUUUAGAGACGUCAUAAAAAGAUUAUAUCUGACUAUACACACACACUAUUAGAAAGUAAAUAUUUUCUUUAUAAAAAAACAUUUUUCAUAAAUAAAAAUAUAUUAUUAUUUUAAAUCGAGGUUUGGUGAAAUCGAGGUGAAACUUAAAAACAAUAUUGAUGUAAUUAGGUGAGGUGUUCCAUAGAUGUGUGCCUUAGAUUAUAAGAUAGAUGAUGUGUUUUUAUUUCUUGUUUUAAAUAAAUAUGAUAUCACAGCA